AUGAUUGCGCCGGGCAUGAGUCGACUGCGGUUGGCCGGGCGCAGGUUCUCCAGGAGGGAAGAAUUGCCUCGCUACGACUAUCAGUGCACCGGUUGUGACCUCCGAUUUGAAUUGGUCCAGACCUUCAAGGAAGCCGGCUCCGGUACCUGCCCCGAGUGCUCUGGAGAAGGUCGGCGUGUUUUCCAUGCCGUGCCGGUGAUUUACAAGGGUUCCGGCUUCUAUACCACCGACUAUGGUCGGCCCAAGAGUCCGGCUUCAGAAACCAGGGAAUCGGAAACCAAGGAGUCUGAAACUAAGGAGAAGGCAAGCUCCUCAUCUUCCGAGAGCAAGUCUUCCAGCGAAUCCUCUUCGUCGGAAACCAAGAGCGACUCCACCAGCAAGGCGGCAUCAGAAGCCACCGUAUAG